AUGCCACCAAUUCCUCUCGGAAAUCGGUUAUUUGCCUCAGUCCCAAACGGCGAGUACCCGGUAAUUCAGCCGCCAAGAACUUGGUUUGCGUCCUGGAAGACUCACUCGAAAAAUCCCUCAGAAAAUGCAAGCGGUGGAUCAUUCUCUGCACGAACAUGUUACGUGCUGCACGGAAUGUUGGUCGUGAUACACUUUUUCCUCAUUAUCUCUUAUAUAUCUCGUUGGGAACACCAUCUGACUCUCGCAUUCACGCCCACGAACACUGAUUUUUGGCCUGUGGUACUGAGUGCUUCACUGCAAGCAUUUUACACGGUCUACACAGCUGUCCUGGUCUUCCUUACCCAACGGCUUGCAAUGUCAAGAGCACUCGUACGCCAUCUGAAAUUGACUACCAUCCAUGACAUCUCCAGUGCAUGGGCAGGUCUUGGCUCUGCGCUCAGUAGUGUCUGGAAACAAAUCGACGUCCCUACAUCGUUGUGGGCGACUACUGCUGUGACGACUUACCUUGUAUGCAUUUCUGUGCUACAUGUCACGUCUUCCACUCUCCUACAAUUUCAAACAUUCAAUUCUUCUAUGACGACUUAUGUGCCAACAACACUUGGAUGGGUAGAUGUAUCUACUUUUUCUAACCUGGGCCAGUGGUCUGUCGCGAACUGGGGAGCCAUUACCGCAUCCUUACCAGUCAUCAGUCAAUUUCCUGGACUUGUCAUGGCAGGGUUAUCCAAUAACACAGUCUACGACACCAUGCAAACAAGCUCUAUGGUGGGAAAUGCAACGGUAAAUGCAACGACAGUAACCUCCAAUUGCGGAUUGCUUCCAAAUGUCACAUACAUCCGGAAUAACGACACAGCAGAUGCUCAGUUUGGGAGCGGUGAUUAUUUUUAUAUGACUGCAAGCCCUCUAUGGGCAGACCAGAUACAAGUACUUUCGUCCGGCGCUGCGAUGGAUGGCCUCCAAACUUCGUCGCAGCCUUCUGUCUUGUUAAUGGUCUCUACGUUAUUGGACGUCGAGCCUUCAGUACAAAAGGAGGUCGCUGUACCGAUGACUUGGGAAUCUCUGUCUUCGAACCACUCCAUUGAAGUCUAUUUUAUACAAUGUUCGUUAUCAACCAAUAAUACAGAAGCUGUCAUCGAUAUGCAAAACAACACACUGCGGAAUCCCAUGCCAACCUCGCAGCAAUCCAUGCAAUGGGAGGAAAUGCAUCAGUGGUCAUCUACCAAGUGGUCAAGAUAUGUUUUGACUAAUUCGGGCGGUAGCAGGUAUCAAUUUGUAGACGCAACUGGAUAUAUCAGCGAACCCUCGAUUGUGGAUGAGUAUAUCAUGUCAUUGGUAGGGUUGAAUCUCACCGCUCAAUAUAUUCAAUACGCCAGCGGCGCUCCUGCCAUUUCAAAUUUCACCCUGAGCUCGGAUAAUCUCGAAGCUGCUAUUGCGCAAGCAGUCGCACAACUCACCUGGAUGGUGGGGCGCAUGGGAUCCAAUGGAGGAAUUCAAACCGGUGAGGGGAUGGCUCUUGUCGACGAGGAGGUAAUUGCCCUACGCCUCAAUGUCACACUUCUUCCUUUGGUGUUUGCGACCUCUGCAUCGGUGAUCAUGUUGGGAUUGGCUCUACACACGACAAGAGCAUUUGAUACAUCACACGACAAUCGUGCUAUCAUCCCAGAUACUGGUGCACUGCAACUCUUGUGGUUGGGUUAUCAUUCACAAACUGUCUACGAAGCUUUGGAAGAUGUGGAGCAUCCGACCGAGGCCAACUUGCGUCGUGCAGGCAUGAUAGACGUUUGUUUUGCCAAGACAACAUCAGACGAAGAAGAACUGCUGGAUAUGGGAAGUUCAACUGAUAGUCCGUCUGUUCAGGCAGUUGCCCGCGACCGUGGCGAUGGGAUGUGA